AUGGGUAAAGGACGUCGUAUGAAGAAGCAGGGGCCCCCUGCGCCUCUGGAUGAGUCGAAAAUUACAAUUUUGAAGAAGCGGAAGACUGCCGACGCCGAGGCGGCCUCAAAGGCUGUCGCAGCAAAGAAGCGUCGGAGAUCCGACGCCGAUGAGGAAGAUGUCGUGACGAAAAAGGACACCCUGAAGAAGUCCAAGACGAAUGGAAAAUCUGCUAUUCCCGUUGUGAAAGAGAAGGAGAAGGUUGUCAAGGAGAAGAAAAAGCCCGUGCCAAUGGAUUCUGACUCGGAGGAUGAAGAGAUGGCCGACGAAUUUGAGGAUCUCGACAACAUCAGUGAGGGAUCAAUGGAUAGUCAAGAGGGUCUUGAACGCCUGUCCGAUCUGGAAGACGAUUCAGAUGACGCUUCCGUUCUUGACUCCGACGACGACGGUCACCCUCGCGAGGCCAUGUUUUCCGACGAUGAAGACCUCUCCGAUGCCGAGGAAAGAUUGACCGCUGCCAACAUUGAGGGUCUUUCGCGGAAAUUGGAUCUCCAAAGACAAGCCGAAGAGGAGGAAGCCGAACAGGAAUUGCAGGAAGCUGCUAUGCAGACCAACAUUGCUGGUGACCGUCCCGAUGUCUUCGCCGAUGACCAGCCUGCUGGACUUGCCCCAGACCUGCAGCUGCUCCGCCAACGCAUUACCGACACAAUUCGCAUUCUUGGCGACUUGAAGACGCUAGGCCAACCCGACAAAUCGCGCACCGACUACAUCGAUCUCCUCUUGAAUGAUAUCUGCACAUACUACGGCUACAACCGGUACCUGGCCGAGAAACUUUUCAAUCUGUUUACCCCUAUGGAGGCAUUCGCCUUCUUCGAAGCCAACGAGACACCACGCCCCGUUGUCAUUCGUACCAACACUCUGCGCACCAAUCGUCGCUCUCUUGCUCAGGCCUUGAUCAACCGUGGUGUUGUCUUGGAGCCCGUCGGCAAGUGGUCAAAGGUCGGCUUGCAAGUUUUCGAGUCACCUGUGCCCCUUGGUGCCACCCCCGAAUACCUGGCUGGCCACUACAUUCUCCAGGCCGCGUCUUCUUUCUUGCCCGUCAUGGCGCUGGCGCCUCAGCCUGGCGAGCGUGUGUUGGAUAUGGCCGCUGCCCCCGGUGGUAAGACGACUUACAUGUCUGCUCUGAUGCGCAACACCGGCUGUGUGAUCGCCAACGAUGCCAGUAAGCCGCGUGCUAAGGGUUUGAUCGGUAACAUUCACCGUCUUGGAUGCAAGAACACCAUUGUCACGAACAUGGACGCCCGCACUGCGUUCCCCAAGGCCAUGGGUGGCUUUGAUCGGGUUCUGCUCGAUGCCCCUUGCACUGGUACCGGUGUCAUUUCCAAGGAUGCGGGUGUCAAGACCUCGAAGGAUGAGAACGACUUCAUGCGCAUUCCCCACAUGCAGAGACAGUUGCUUCUGGCCGCUAUCGACUCCGUGGACCACUCCUCCAAGACUGGUGGAUACGUCGUGUACUCCACUUGCAGUGUCACUGUGGAGGAGAACGAAGCUGUGGUGCAGUAUAUUCUGCGUAAGCGUCCCAACGUGAAGAUUGUUGAUACUGGUCUCGGUGACUUCGGUAGCCCAGGCUUCAUCAGCUACAUGGGCAAGAAGUUCGAUGCCAAGAUGGCCUUGACCCGCCGCUACUUCCCCCACCGUGAGAACGUUGACGGUUUCUACGUCUGCAAGUUGAAGAAGACCGGACCUACUCCCGUUGCCAAGCCUACAGACGAGACCGCUUCUGCCACCGAUAAGUCUCGUCGUCGCUCUAGCUCCAAGGCUUCCUCUACCGACGACGCGGAUGAUGAGGUGUAUGAUAAGACGCCAAUCGUCGACGAGAACGGUGUCUCUGUCGACUUUGAAGGUGGCGCUUUCGGUCCAUUCGAGGACGGUGAAGAUGACGCCGAGCGUAUUGCUCGCUCCGAGCGUAACCGUCUUCGCCGAAAGGGUCUCAAUCCCAAGGGUGUGUUGAACAAGCCUAAGAAGGGCAAGGACAAUGCAUCCACGGAGACUGCAACCGAGCCUGCCUCUUCGAAGGUGGGAGAGGAUGAGAAGAAGGAGAAGAAGCAGGCAAAGGAGGCUGUAAAGGAGACCGAAAAGGAGACCAAGAAGAAGCCUGAGACCGCCAAAAAAUCUCUCAAUCAGAGCAAAGGAGAGAAGAAGACCGUGACAGGCGCGACAAAGAGCGAAAAGAAGGCUAAGAGUUCUUCAAAGAAGACCAGCAAAUGA